CCCUCUGGGGCGCGUCAUUCUCCCCACCCCCGGGUCUGACCCCGGCUGCUCCUCGCACGCCGGCCACGCGGGGGACAAAUCUCAGCCACCUGCUCCGGAGCCUGGGAGCCGGGGCACCGUCCGCCCCAUGGAGCUGCCGGCCAGCAACGCCAGCUGCGAGAACGGUUCCCUGAUCAGCCUCUACUGCUCCUCCCAGCAAGUCCUGUGCCAGAUCGUCAGUGACCUCAGCCCCAGGGUGCCCAGCAAUGUCAUCUCCAACAGCUGGCAGGAGAGGUUCAGGCAGAACUACAGCUUCUACGUCGGCCUGGGGCUGGCCAUCCUGUCCAGCUUCCUCAUCGGCAGCAGCGUCAUCCUCAAGAAGAAGGGCCUCCAGCGACUGGUGGCCUCCGGUGCCACGCGGGCUGUGGACGGAGGCUACGGCUACCUGAAGGAUGCAAUGUGGUGGGCUGGAUUUCUCACCAUGGCUGCCGGAGAAGUUGCCAACUUUGGGGCCUAUGCGUUUGCUCCUGCGACAGUCGUCACACCACUGGGAGCGCUGAGUAUCCUCAUAAGUGCCAUCCUUUCCUCAUAUUUCCUGGGAGAGAGUCUGAACCUGCUGGGGAAGCUGGGCUGUGUGAUCUGUGUGGCCGGCAGCACAGUGAUGGUGAUACACGCCCCCGAGGAAGAGAAGAUCACCACCAUCAUGGAGAUGGCUGCCAAGAUGAAAGACACAGGGUACAUCGUGUUUGCUGUGCUUCUGCUGGUGUCCUGCCUCAUCCUCAUCUUCGUCAUCGCCCCACGUUAUGGACAAAGGAAUAUCCUCAUCUACAUCAUCAUCUGCUCUGUGAUCGGGGCCUUCUCCGUGUCCGCCGUCAAGGGUCUGGGCAUCGCCAUUAAGAACUUCUUCCAGGGGCUGCCAGUUGUGCGGCACCCUCUCCCCUACAUCCUGUCCCUCGUGCUGGCGCUUUCGCUCAGCACUCAGGUCAAUUUCCUCAACAAGGCGCUGGACAUCUUUAAUACCUCCCUGGUGUUCCCCAUCUACUACGUGUUCUUCACCUCGAUGGUGGUGACCUCCUCCAUCGUCCUCUUCAAGGAGUGGUACAGCAUGUCGGCCGUGGACAUUGUGGGCACCCUCUCUGGCUUUGUCACCAUCAUCCUGGGUGUGUUCAUGCUUCACGCUUUCAAAGACCUGGACAUCAGCCAGACCAACCUGCCCCACAUGCACAAAAACCCAACCCCCGCUCUCGCCCCAGAGCCCAGCAUCGUUAGACUCGAAGACAAGAAUGUUCUUGUGGACAAUAUAGAACUCUCCAGCACCCCAUCACCAGAAGAGAAGCCCAAAGUAUUUAUAAUCCAUUCGUAAAGCCUGGAAUACAUGAGUGAGAGGGUGAGCCCUGUGGUACAGCCUGACUGCUCAAUUUCAGAGCCACCUGGUUAUUUUCAACACAACUCUUACCAGUGGGCUCUCUUUUCUUGAGACGUUCAUUAAUACCUCACUGCUGUUUCCAGGAGAAGAAUCCCUAUCCUACUUCACAUUGGUGCCAGCAGGUCCCCUGGACCUCCCGUCCUACUUGUUUCCUCGGUGCCAUCUCUGUGUUGUUGGGAAGAAGAUAGGAUUUGAUCCGUUGAAUGUAGCACAAGCCAAGAACUUCCCUGAAAUGUUGGUUAUCAGGAAAUCCUUCGCACUGGUUCUCCUCCCGAGACUGAUUCACCGUUCCUGAGCCCAAGACUGAAGGGCAGCUGGCCCUCCGAGGCCCAGAGAGCAACUCGCCAUGCCUCCCAUCCAGAACCAACAGACACACAAUUAUUGUAAAAUGUCUUGUUGCAUUUGCCACCUCAUCUUUGGAGACAGAGGCAAGACCUCAGCUGACCUGCGUACUGUGAAAGCCACCUGACGUCUCAGGGAAACACUUCCACCAGCCCCAUUCCCGGAGCAGCCAGCCUGGAGGUCAGCAUCUGUUUCCAUCCACCCCACCCCUUCCCCACCCUUCCCUCUCUAGAUACAUCCUAAGGAGUCAGUCAUGGAGACAUUCAGGCAGUUAUCUGAGAACUCAAAACAACACAACAACAACAAAAGGUGCUUCCCAGCCAAGCUCUGCUGGCCAAGCCCAGUGUUUCAUUUUGCCUCACUCUCCGAAGAGAACAGCGAUUGCACUGCUCUUAAAAGUAGCCUGGUUGUCGAUCACAAUGCACUUUCCUUUUCCUCAAGGAGUAAACCCAAAUAUGAUUUGGGGAGAUGGGGAGAAGAGUGAGGGGCAGUCAGGAAAGCAGACACAGGCUCUCUGGAAACCAGGGCUAACUUUUGUGUUUACUCUGGUGGCGAACCGAGAACCCAGGUGGAAAAGGCUCUGGGUAAAUUUUUUUUUUUGGACACACCACGCGGCAUGUGGGAUCUUAGUUCCCUGACCAGGGAUUGAACCCGCACCCCCUGAAGUGGAAGUGCAGAGUCUGAACCACUGGACCUCCAGGGAAGUCCCCUCUGAGUAACUUCUGGGCUGAAGCCUUAGAGGCUUGGCCAGUAGGAUCAGCUUUGAACUUCAGUGACCAAGUCAGGGGUGUAAGCUCGGCACGGGGUGCAAUCUGGCUGUUGACCAGAUCGCCACCAAGUCCCCAGCUCCACCGAUGAGCUGCCCACACCGGGAAGCAGUGUGUCACAACUGCUCCACCACCGCCUGCUUUGGGGACUGCCUUUGGUCCCCUCACAUUUGACCAGAGGCAGUCAAAAAAAACAAGAGCAGCUGGAGAGAGAGAGAUAAUAUCCCCUCCCUUCCUGUCUUCUCUCCAGCAGCAAGAAUGUGAGAGUUGAUAUGAGGACCAUUGACAGGGAGGUAAGGGAGCCAGUAUCUCUGUAAAGAAGGAAGACCUGGCCCUCAGCCCCCGAGCUGGUGCAGAGCCUCCCCUGUGUAACUCCACACCCAUGCCUGUGUUUACGUCCUGUGCCCUAAGCAUAGCCAAGCCCAGGCCAAACUGUUGCCGGCCUUGAAGCUCCAAGGAACAGACUGGCUUCCUGCACCGCCAGCCUCAAAGCCACAGUUUUUAAUGAAUGUGGAUUUCUCUCUGUAACUAAAAUCAGUGCAACAUGUUGGAUCUUGAGAAUGACGGUAAUCUGAAGGCCCUGAGAGCGUGGUCUUCAGGGUCAGGAAUAAAGACCUCUGAGUGUGUUUA